UCAUGGGCACACACCUGUAUCAAGCAGCUUCCUUCUUCCCUCUCAAGAAAUAUACAUAUAAAUAUUUCUAUAGAUAGAGAAGGGAGGAUGAUGAUGGGUGACCAUGUGAUUUGAUGAAUUGGAUUCGAUUUCUCUGUAAAAGCUGAGGAUUCUCUGCAUUUUCUCACUUGCUUUUGUUUCCCAUUUUAUAUAAUUUCGAGGGAAAGAAAGAUCUAACACCGCUUUCGGACAGAAUUCAUGUCUGAUUUUCCAGGAAAAGUUGCUAGAUUUUCCUGCAAUAUUUCUGUUACUCGCAUCCCAAGAAGCUAAAUUUGGUCUUUUGGUCUCUCUUUAUCUUUUGGGUUUCUGUUUUUAGGGUUUGUUUGUAAGAGAAAUGCUUGUGUGCAUUCUCUCUGUCUCGCUGUUUCUGUAAUUUGGUAUAUUUGUUUCGAUCUCAUUUGCGAAUCUGAUCUCCUUUUUCACUAGGGUUUGUUUUUUUUGGAAUCUGUCCGCGGUUAAUCUGCUAUCUCAGAGUAUCAUUUUUGGGUUUUCUCAGCUAUCUGUGUUUUCUUGCGUUCGUUGUUUGAAGAGCUUGUAAUUUCUGUGCCCUAGGGUUUUGUUUGCACUAAUAAUACGACCUGUUCUGUGCAAAAUUUGUUUUAGACGUUUUAUUCUUGUGGUUUUCUGCGUGAUUUAGAGGUUUCUGUGGAUGGAUAAAGAUAAAGCCCCAAGUCACAGUGGUGGUUUGCCGCCUCCAUCUGGUCGUUUCUCUAGUUUUUCACCCCCUGGGAGUUCUUUUAAUGUGAAACCUGAGCCAUUAUCGGCUGCAUUUCCUCCGAUGGCUCCAGCUACUAGUUCAGACCCUAGUAAUUUCGGUCAUGGAUCUGAUUCUAGCCGCUUUAGUCAUGACAUUAGCCGAAUGCCUGAUAACCCACCUAAGAAAUUGGGUCACCGACGUGCUCAUUCAGAAAUUCUCACUCUCCCUGAUGAUAUUAGCUUUGAUAGUGAUCUUGGCGUAGUAGGUGGUGCAGAUGGGCCCUCUUUCUCCGAUGAGACUGAGGAAGAUUUAUUUUCAAUGUACCUUGAUAUGGAUAAGUUCAAUUCAACCUCUGCCACAUCAGCUUUUCAAUUGGGGGAGUCAUCAACUCCUCCACCGUUAGCACCAGCACCAGCAAUACCAGCUGAUGUUAGUCCUGGCGCUAGUGAAAGGCCUAGAGUUAGGCACCAACAUAGCCAUUCAAUGGAUGGAUCAACCUCUAUCAAGCCAGAGAUGCUCAUAUCUGGUGCAGAGGACGUUUCUGCAGCUGAUACUAAGAAAGCCAUGUCUGCUGCAAAGCUUGCUGAACUUGCUCUUAUUGAUCCCAAACGUGCAAAAAGGAUCUGGGCAAAUAGACAAUCAGCUGCAAGGUCAAAGGAAAGGAAAAUGCGAUAUAUAGCUGAACUUGAACGUAAAGUGCAGACACUUCAAACGGAAGCAACAUCAUUGUCUGCUCAACUGACUCUAUUACAGAGGGAUACAAAUGGUCUGACUGCUGAAAAUAGUGAACUCAAACUGCGGUUGCAAACAAUGGAGCAGCAGGUCCACUUGCAAGAUGCAUUAAAUGAUGCAUUGAAAGAAGAAAUUCAGCAUCUGAAGGUAUUGACUGGUCAAGCUAUGCCAAAUGGUGGACCUAUGAUGAAUUUUGCAUCUUUUGGAGCGGGCCAGCAAUUCUAUCCUAACAAUCAUGCGAUGCAUACUCUUUUGACCACACAGCAGUUUCAACAGCUACAAAUUCAUUCUCAGAAACAGCAACAGCAAUUCCAGCAGCAUCAACUGCAUCAGCUACAGCAGCAACAGCAAGAACAGCAGCAGCAACGAGUUGGGGAUUUGAAAAUGAGGGGAACGAUGUCUUCUCCAAACCAGAAAGAUAAUGCAUCAGAUAUUAACCCUCCAGCAACUAAUGACUGAAAAGGAAUUUUGGCAAGUAUGCACUGUGCAGCCUUUCUUGUAUAAAGGUCUCCUCUGUGUAAAAUCAUAAUUGCAGUAUGCUGUUAGAUAGGAGGUCUGCAGUCUCUCUCCCUCCAAACCUUUUAUUCUAUUGAUUUUUUCCCCUAAUCUGUUUAGAUGCAUUUGAAUUCUAUUUAUUUUAGUCUGUUCUAUAUAGCUAGAGACUGGGGUAUAUGAUAUAUAUACAUGGUAUAGUUUCUUUGUUGUGAUCUUGUAUAAUCUUUGAGGGGAUCUGUUAGAAUUGGAAGUUGCAGUUUCCUGGCCCUGCUCGAGCCCCCAAAUGCUUGUUUAUCUGAUUGAUUACCGCCACCACUGAUAAACUGGUUUAAUAAGAACUAGAAAAUUGGGUUUUAGUGUUGAGUUGGGUGCUGUUUGUUAGUGGAGAAGUGGGCUUUGGCAUUGUUAUGGGGCUCGUAGUUGUAGCUGCAAUGCCAAUCGAAUGGAAACAGAGCAACUGGGACCCCUUUCUUCCUCAGGUAAGUUGGUUCUUUUUUGAAACUUUGGAGUUUAAUGAUCAAAUAUGGGCGUUGUAAGGGUUUAUCUCAAGUACUGAAAUUUUGUUACCUCUCUUGUAGAAUUCUGCAUGCAGUGACUGCAUGAUCUUCCCUUUAAUAAAGAUGACUUUUUGAAGUAUAGCUGUGGAAA